AUGACGGCGCUUAAAUUCAUGGAAGGAUUUUGGGUGACCCCGGAUGGCCAGAUCAUCCCUCGACCGUUAGCCUUUUGGGCCCCGCAUCAUAGGCACUGGUUGCUUCCCUUGUAUUUUGUUCUUAGCAUUGCAUGGUCACUUGAACUGUACGCUGUAACACAUCUUGAAGAGCUCGCUUUCUGGCUAUUUCUUUUGCAUCAGGGUCCCGGUAAACGCGAAUGGUUUCAUAGUUGGGAAUUUAGGUCUUGGUAUUACGGAAGUAUUGUGGCCAUUCUGGGAAUGCCUCUAACUACUCUAGUGUCGAGGAGAGAGAUUGAGAAGACUCAAGGUUGGAUAUUCUUGGUGGGAGCGAGCGCAAGCACAACGACAACGCUGGCAUUUCUCUAUGUUCUUGCGCGUUUCCCAGGAUUUAUUCGUUACGUCAAGGAAGGGGGAGCAGAACCUGACGUUGUCAUUCGAUUGGCUACGUUUUACUCUCUAAAUCGAAUCCGCGUUAUGUUUCGUUUCCUGUUCACGGUGCCUCUCCUUAUCAUAGGCAUCGACGCAGUUAAGCCGCCUUUCCCAGUAAUAAACGAUCCGUUUGCUGUGGAUUUUCUUAUAAUGAUGGGAGGAAUUGGGUGUUUUAUCUCUUCCGCAAUAACACUCUUAAUUUUCUUUCCCCGGUCCAUUACGCGCGAAUCUGGCUACAAAGCUAAAAUUGUCACACCCCACAAUACCAAAGCGCCAAGCGUUGGCGCGCCGCUCCCCCAUUACUAUCAUCCUCAUGACCAGGAGCCCUCAUCUCCCAAGACGCAUACUGUAGCAACUCCCGUUUCAGCCACCCACAUGAGUUCAUUCCGGUUUCCAAACGAACAGCGGAGUCCUCGAGAGGUACAAUCCACAAAUUCCCAGGCAGGUUAUCCCCGACGUUCUGCCGAGAGUGAGACUUCACCGGGAUAUGAAUCGGAUGCCGAGAGUAUAGCACUGGCGUCGCCGUCAGCUGUACACUUCCAGUCGAUGACGCCGCGGCAGGAGAGCUCUCAGACAGCGACAUUGCGACCUACGUCUGGAGGCAGGUCAGACGAUACUGUAUGGGAGCGGCAUGACGAUUAUUCGUCUACUACCCGACGGCAGCACGCCGACGGUCCGUUUGUGUAUAAUCGCCAGGGUGUGAUUGUGGCUACAAUCCCAGCAAGCGGGCCCGCUUCCGAGGAGGAGGAACAGAGGUCAAAUGACCGUGAGCGUGCGGCCACUCCAUCUCUACUCCAUCCAUAUCUGGUCAACUUCACGUCUCCUAUUGAUCUACUCGAUACCCCUCACGCAGAACGGCCGCCGCUGCAUCCACAUAUAUCCCCGGGACAUGCACAUAUGGUGUAA